AUGGCUAUAAAUGAAACAGCUGGUACAUUUGAUGAAAUUGAAGAUAUGGACUCUAUCUUUAACUCGACGAAUGCAAGCACAGGAAUAAAUUCCUGGAUUUACUUCCGAAGUCCAAGCACUUCUUCUUUGGUCAGCAACUUGAUUGUCAGCAUAUUAGGUCUAGGGGGGAACUGUUUGGUGUUUGCUUUACUGAGAGACGUCAAGUUUUCCUUGCUCUCCUACCCAAUAUAUUUGAGAUUUCUGGCUGUGUCGGAUAGUUCUGUUUUAAUUAUAUAUGGCGUACACAAGUCGCUGAGAUACUUUCACAUGUUUCAUGUUAUCGGGAACCAUGACUCUGUCUGUGGUUUAUGGAUGUUUAUGAGGAGGACAGUGACGGUCCUAUCCCCAUGGCUGGUGGUUGGACUGACGGUGGAUCGGUUCUACUGCGUUGUUUUCCCGCUGAAACGUGACAGAGUCUGCACUCGAAGAAAGGCCACGAUCGUCUGCUCGUGUCUGGCUGCUUUGUCAGGCGUGCUGACGCUCCCGCUAGUGCUUGACGUGAAGACAGUAAAAGGCUUAAACACACAAUGCUAUGUGAAAGAUCAAUAUAUGGCCUAUUAUUAUUUCGUACGUCUAGUUCUCACCUCAAUCCUCCCCUGCCUCUUGAUUCUCAUCUUCAACAUUGUGAUUGGAAUGCACAUCCAGCGCAGCGCCACGUUCCAGAAGAGAUUCACCUCAUCGACGAACUCUGCAAACACUGAGACGAAGCUGGACAAGUCGCUUCGUCCUCUUAUGCUCAUCUCCAUUUUGGCUUUCGUCACAAUUGUCCCUUUGGCUAUCACAGAUUGUAUCCUUGCGAUCCAGUUGAUAACCAAAUCGGGUUUUGAAACCAUCGUGAUCCUGGUUAAAUUGUGGCCAAUGUUCAACAUUUUAUACCUGAUCAAUUUUGGACAGAAUCUGUACAUCCUGAUGGCCAGUUCAGCUAACUACAGGAAGAUCAUGAAGGACAAGCUGACGUGCAGGGACAGGAAGUCCUCCAGACAGAGAAACAAGGUGAGGGUGUCACGAUUUCCAUGGCACGUUUCUGAACCCACCAAUUUCGGAACAGAUGAAUCAGAAUUCAGUACCAGACUGUCUGCGGCAACCAGCAUCACGUCAGAUAACGCUCCUGCUAAGGAUUCCGAAGAUCGUUCAAAACAUGUCAAAGCAAAAACUAACUAA